AUGAUUUUCAUUGGCACAUUUUCAGCAGUGGCAACUGGCGUUUUGCUGCCAAGUUUUUCUAUUUUAAUUGGAGACAUUUCUGACGCUUUUGAGCCCUUAAACGAGCCGAACCUUUAACGCUAACUUUUAAAAGAAAUAUCUGGUAAAAUGGCUUUGAUGGCAGUAGCAACUUGGAUAGCUGGCUAUAUUUAUUAUGCCUUCUGGUAACAUAUUGCUGAAAACAUAUCAUAUGAUUUAAGAAUGAGAUAUCUCUAGUCAUUACUUAGUCAAGAUGUAGAGUACCUUGAACAUAUCAAAGUGCAAUAUUUACCUUCUCAAAUUGGUGAGCAAUUCAAUUUGAUCUCUGAGUCUAUUGGAUAAAAGCUCUCAUCUUUAAUUUUUGCAUCUAUAAACCUUCUCUCAGCAAUAGCAAUCGCUUUUAUUAGAGGAUGUGACCUAGCUGCUAUAUUUUUUUCUGUUUUUCCUGCUAUGUUUAUAAUCAUGGUUCUUUUUGGUACUUUUGUCAAAAAAGCAUCGAUGAAAAAAAUUGGAGCGCUAAGCAAAUUAACAUAGAAAAUCGAUGAGACCUUACACGGAGUAAAAGUUGUAAUGUCAUUUGCAUAAGAGGAUAAAGAGAUAAGUGAGUUUUCCUAGCUUGCAGAGACUACAAGAGACAAAUCAGUCAAAGCUGAGUAUUGGACAGCUGCUUUUAUAGGAAUAUUAAAGUUUGUCAUAUUUACAUUUUAUGGGAUAAAUCUAUGGAUAGCAGCUCUCUAUAUAGAUGAAAAAAGAAUAAACCCAAAUACUUAGAAGCAUUACUCAGUGGGUGAGAUUUUUUCAAUUAUAUUUUGCAUUUUGAACUGCACUUCAAUGACCUUCUAGCUAAUACCUAAUCUUUAGUCAAUUCUUAAGGCUCAGCUCAUAGGAAAAUAAAUAUUUGAUGUUAUAGACAGAAAGCCAUUUGAUAAUUAAAAAGAGGAAGAUAAGAAAAUGAGCUGUGAUAAAUUGCUAGACUUCUAAGAGAUCAUUUUCGAUAAUGUAUCUUUUAGUUAUCCAAGUUAGCAGAAUAAUCUUCUUCAAAAUCUCAAUAUGAAAAUUUAAUCAAAUACUUCGACUGUUAUAGUUGGUCCUUCUGGCUCUGGCAAAAGUACUUUAAUAUAGUUAUUAGAGAGGUUUUAUUCGCCGAAUUAAGGUGUAAUUUUAUUUGAUAACGUAGAUUUGCAUAAAAUCUCUCUCAAAGUUAUUAGAGAGUCUAUUGGCUAUGUUUAGUAGGAGCCGAUUUUACUCUAAGGUACUAUCAGAGAUAAUAUCUUAUUAGGCAAUAAAGAUGCAUCAGAUGAUGAAAUCAAAGUUGCUAUAUAAAAUGCAAAUGCAUCUUUUGUUUUUGAUCUAGAAAAUGGAAUAAAUACAUACGUUGGAACAUCAUCUCUCCUUAAUCUUUCUGGGGGUUAAAAAUAAAGAAUUGCAAUAGCUCGAGCAUUAGUAAAGAAGCCGAAAAUUCUAAUCCUAGAUGAAGCAACUAGUGCUUUAGAUCCUAAAUGUGAAUAAGAAGUAUAGCAAGCCAUAUUUAAUUUAUAAAAUAAUUAUUAAAGAGCGGAAAACUAAUACCUAGAAAACUAAAGAAUCACAAUAAUCAUAAUUGCUCAUAGAAAAUCAACCAUUGAGACUGCUGAACAUCUAAUCUACAUUAAUAAAAAUAUGAAUUCUGAUUCAAAAAUAAUUCAGACCUAGAGAGGAACUAAAGAGUAUGAUGAAAUUAUGAAAAAACUUAAUUCCAAUUAGAGUAAUAAAUUAGAUGAAAAAAAAGUUUUAACAUAUGAACAAACUAAUGAUCAAUAAAAUUUCAUAAACUUUUAACCAACAGGGGAUCAUAAUUAAAUCCUUUAAAAAAAUGAUAUUGAUUUAAAUUCUAGUCAAUUAAGCAGCAACGAAUAUUAAAAUAUUAUAUAACUACCAAGCAACCAACACAAUUAGGAAUAUUACUAAAAUAAUAAGAAUUUAAACAAUGGUAAAAAUUUUGGUUCCAUAAGCAAUAUAAAGAAGCUUUAUGGACCCAAUUAUUUAGUUGUCUUUUCAUUUAUUACCAGUUUCUUUAGUGCAUUUGCUUACCCUCUUAAUGGAAUGAUAUUUGCAAAGAUUCUAUUUAUAUUAGUAACGAGAGACUACAUAGAAGAUUUUUAUUAACAGCGAAAUUUCUGGUGUAGUGCUUAUCUAGCGCUAGCUUUUGCCACAGGCUUAACAGAUUUUUUAAAUAGAGGUAUACAUAGAUAGCUAAGCGAAAAUCUUAGCUGCAACAUCAGAGUCAAGCUAUACAAGAAUAUUAUGAAGAGAAACUAUUCAUGGUUUGAUAAUCAAGAGAGAGCUCCAGGAAUAUUGAGUAGCUAUUUAACUGAAGAAGUAAAUAACCUUAAUGGGCUGACAAGCGAAGCUUUCACUAAUAUUUUAGAAGCCAUUUUUUGCCUAUUAAUCGGUGUUGGAAUUGCCUUUUUGUAUUCAUGGAGAUUAGCUUUAAUUAGUUUGGCCUUUUCUCCACUAGUUAUAAUUGGAGGUGUAGCCCUCUAGAUUGCUGUAUGGAAUAAAACCUAAGACUCAAACAAAGCAAAUAUCAAAGAUGAAAAGAUAUUAGAUCCUUAUGACUAGGCUAAUAGUCUGAUAUCAGAAAUCCUAAUAAAUUACAAGACAGUUAUAAGUUUUGGAGAGAAAAACAUUGGCUUCAUCAUCAAUAAAUAUCAAGAUUUCCUUAUGCAACCUAAAAGGAGUGCAAUAAAAAUAUCUCAUUAUUCUGGAAUAAUGUAUGGAUACUCCUAAUCCAUUAGAUUCUUAUUCAUUGCAUUAAUGUUUGCGAUUGCAGCUGAGUACAUUGUUCACUAUUAUAAUACUCCAGAGGAAUCAUUUGUUGCUAUCUAUACAAUGCUUAUGUCAGCUUUAGAGUCUGGAAUGUUGAUUUCUUAGAUUCCAUCUCUUAAUAAGGCAAAAAAGGCUGCUGAAAAGAUUUUUUAAAUAAUACUUGAAUCGAAUGAAUCGUAAUCAUAAAAUUAAACUAUCAUUGAAAAAACAGAUUAAAAUUAAUCGGGUACGAUAGAAUUUAAAAAUGUUCACUUCAAGUAUCCCUCAAGGCAAGAGGCUAUCAUUAAAAAUUUGAGCUUUAAAAUUCCAGCUGGUCUGAAAGUAGCAAUAGUUGGUCAUUCUGGAAGUGGUAAAAGCACUAUAGCAAACUUAAUGCUUAAAAUGUAUGACACAUGUGAAGGAUCAAUACUCAUUGACGGUUUAGAUAUAAAUAAGCUAAAUAUUUAAAGUUUAAGAAGACAGAUAGGCUAUGUAAUGUAAGAACCUAUGUUAUUCGAUACAACGAUCAAAGAAAAUAUCAGAUAUGGUAACUCAGAAGCAACAGAUCAAUAAGUAUACAUUGCAGCAUAGCUUUCAAACGCUCUUUAAUUCAUUGAAGAUGAUACUUUAUUAUAAGAUUAAGAGGAAGAUUUAGAAAAUGCUGAAGGAAAAACUAACUUUGAUUUUGAAAACGUUGCAGUAUAUGUAGAUUAAUAUCCAUAACUCAUCAAAGAAUUGAAAAAGCAAAUAUCAUAAGACCGUAAAAUAGACUAGUAAAUAAGAUAAAAUAGAUAGCAAUGCAACAUUAAUUGA